CUCCGUCCCGUUCAUUCCCAGCCCCUUCCUCUGCGCUCCUUCCCCCGCCCCGGCGCUGCCGGCCCGGCCGCCUCCCCGCCCUCCAAGCGGAGCGCCCGGCAGCGGGAAGGGCCCUUCGCGCCGCAGCCAUGGCCGCCGAGGGGGUAGACGAGCGCUCCCCCCUGCUCUCCGCGCCCGGCUCCGGCAAUGUCACCCCGACCGCGCCGCCCUAUCCGCCAGACAGCAGCAGCCGAGCAGAGCUUCCUCCUCCGUAUACUGCCAUUGCAAGUCCAGACGCCAGCGGUGUUCCUGUAAUAAACUGCCGCGUGUGCCAGUCGCUAAUCAAUUUGGAUGGCAAGCUACACCAACAUGUUGUUAAGUGCACAGUUUGCAAUGAAGCUACGCCAAUCAAAAAUCCUCCUUCAGGGAAGAAGUAUGUUAGAUGUCAAUGUAAUUGUCUCCUUAUCUGUAAGGAUACGUCUCGGAAAAUAGGCUGUCCAAGACCAAACUGUAGACGCAUCAUUACUCUUGGUCCAGUAAUGCUGAUCCCAGAAGAGCAGCCAGCUCAGCCUGCCUUGCCAGUUCAACCAGAUGGAACCAGAGUGGUAUGUGGGCACUGUGGAAAUACGUUCCUUUGGAUGGAACUGAGGUUUAACACACUAGCAAAAUGCCCACACUGCAAAAAAAUUUCUUCUGUUGGAAGUGCACUGCCACGGCGGCGCUGCUGUGCAUAUAUUACAAUUGGAAUGAUCUGCAUCUUCAUUGGAGUUGGAUUAACUGUUGGAACACAAGAUUUCGCCAGGCGAUUUCACGCAACAUACGUUUCUUGGGCUAUUGCUUAUCUCUUAGGUUUAAUCUGCCUCAUUAGAGCCUGCUACUGGGGAGCCAUUAAAGUCAGUUAUCCAGAGCACAGUUUUGCGUAGAGAAAUAGCUUAUAGCAGAUGACCAUCUAGAAAUUCUGGAUAUUACAUCUUGGACACUUUUAAAGCCUUUUCCUGUAAGGAUUCCAUUCUGUUCAAUGUAGUUUUAAGACUGGGGGUCUCUAAGAACAAAUGUUCAUUGCACUACAUGAUAUGCAAAUAGUUUGUUUUGCUGCUAGAUUCCCUAGCUCUGAAUACUAAAGCUGUGUUUACAUGUUCAUAACUCUGUCUUUAUAGGUGUUGAAUUUUAUUCCAACAGACAGUAUUAAGUUUUACAUUUCCUUUGUUAUGUUAAAAUCCGUCUGCCAUUUUUCUAAAUGAUCAAUAAGAAUUAAAAAGCAAGAGUGUUUAUAAGUGUUUCUACAGUAGCUUCACAUUUGUACUUAACAUUUUAACUAAAAUUAUAUUCAAGUGGCUUGCUUUAAAACCUAAGCAAUAAGCAUUUUGCUUGAACUCUGCUUACUGUAUCUUUUGCCUAAGAUCAUAGUGACCUUAUUCAGGAAAUGAAAGUUAUGAGUGUACUUCAAAAGACUGACACUGUUGCUAGAGAGACAUUUGUAAACACUGUAUGCUUUGAGAUUUUUCAGGAAUAAAGAUGCUAUUUUGGUAGUCAGAUUUCCAUUUAUCCAGGACUGGAUUUCAGUUAGGACAAAUGCUUUCUUCUCGAGGAUCCUGGGACUUCGGUGUUUGGUUGUUUGGGGUUUGUUUUUUUGUUGUUGGGGUUUUUUUUGUUUGUUUGUUUGUUUUUCUGUUUUGUUUUUUUUUUUUUAACUGGCAAAUCCUAAAAGCCAUGCUCGGAUUAUGGAACUGAACUCUGGUUACUCAUACAAGUUCCUUUACAGGGUCUAACGGAAGCAUUUCAUAUGACUUGUUUCGCAAUAGUUCAGUGUCACAUAGGUGACAAUAAGGUGGUGAUGAGUUGCCUCUUACUUUUCUCUGAUCAUGUCAGACUUCCCUUGUUCAGGAGAGUUAUGCACUGGUCACUGUAAAGGGAGACACUGUAAAUUCACAUUAACUGCUGUAAUAAGAAAAUGAGUAAUAAAUGAGAAACUUGGACCAUUCCAUCAAAGUACAUCUAGUCAAUUUAGCACUGACUUGCCCAGAGAAUACGGAAACAGAAAGUUUUUUCUAAUGAUGUAUUCACAAAGGAUUGAGGGACCAGUUCUUGCACUGCCCAUCUUUAUUGUUUUAAACAAGUUAUUGCUAAAUUCAGAAGGAAUGUUCUGAGUGAUUUAGAUGACUGUAGUAAUUUAGAGAAUGGGGUCAGAUGGGUAAAUUAAUGUGGAUGUUUCAGGGAUACAUGUAAUUUAAAUUAUCUAUGUUCCUGCUAGGACAAAAUGAUAUUCAGAUAAGGAUUUUGGAGCACAAUAAAUAUAAAUGAUCAAACUGUAAAUGAUCUGUCUUUGUAUGACGCUAAAUGUAUAAAAGCAGUAGCUCAGGAUUACAAUGUACCUUUUACAAACAAACUAAUAAAGAAAUAAAGAUUAUUAUUCAAACAUUAAAUAUUUUGUUACUUUACAUAUCAAUAAAAAUAUGCAAGUGGAAGAAUUUCCUAAUAUGAUACAGGAACAACAAAUGUAUUGUGUGGCAGAGGUGGGCUCUGCCAAAUGAUAGCCUUAGGAAUAAGAGGAAGAACAAAUUGUUGUUUUCUUGAUGUUUUGGGAAGAAAGAGGAAAUAAAAAAGGGAUGAAACCACUGUUGGGUUUAUGUCUUUAGCCAAUGGCUUAUUGAGGGAAUAUGGUAAUGCACCCUGUUCUUUUCCUAAUGCUAUUUACAUCCCUUCACUGUAGGGAUUUGCUGUUUUUUGUUUGCAUCUUAAACCUUCCAAUACUCUUUCUAGUUGUCUUGUAUUUCAAAAUACUCUCUAUCCUCCACAACCUGCAAUAAAGUAAUUUGGGGCUGUACAGAACAUCAUUCACUCCUUUUGCAAUGAGGUGUGGGUAGGGAGCCUGGGUAUAACGUCAUAUUAAUAUUUCAAAGGCAUUUGUACUUUUUCUCCCUGUAUUAACCUGUUCUUUAUUUGCUGUCUUGUGUUUCUCCUUAUUCUUCUCAACAUUUUUUAUUAGAAGGGAAGAUACAUGGACAAAGUAAUUUAUUUUUGCCUGGAUGAGCAUAAGAGCAUGAUUCUACUGCUUCAUUUUGCAAAGUAAAACUUUAUUUCUAUAAAA